GAAAAUAUGUCUUAUAGGGCUGGUGUAAACUUGAGUGUACAUAGGAUCCGCUCGGCUACGGUCUAGGUAUGAAACGCAACGAGAGCACAGAAAGGACACCUUUGGUUAAGCAGUCUGGUGGCCGAUAUCCUUCAAAUGAUGGAGGAUUACAAGCAACUGGCCCUGCGGCUAGAUGGGGAAAUCCAGUCUGCCAGUCAGGAGGCGACGAACCUGCGCUCUGAGCUGUCGGCAACCAACCGAAGACUGACCGAUCUGAAGAGCGCAGACCCCUGUGUCAUGGAGAACAAUCAGCACAAUACUCAAGGUUUGGAAUAUGGCAAAAUGAAGUUGAGCAGAUCUGGUACGCUACAAAUGCAAGAAAAAUACGCCAAUGGUUUGCUGCUAAGGGAAGAGGUAUCACAGCUGCAAGAUGAGGUUCACUUACUUCAACAAAUGAAGGAAAUGUUGGCAAAAGACCUGGAAGAGUCGCAUGACAUCCGGUCGGCGGAGGUGCUUUCUGUUACGGAGCUGAAGGUGCAACUGGCACAAAAAGAGCAGGAGUUGGCACGAGCAAAGGAGGCACUUCAGGCCAUGAAGUCCGAUCGAAGGCGUUUAAAGUCUGAGAAGGCAGACUUGGUGAGUCAAAUGGAGCAGUUAUAUUCAACAUUGGAAAGUCGGGAGGAGCAACUACGUGACUUUAUUCGAAAUUAUGAACAGCAUAGAAAGGAGAGUGAGGAUGCAGUAAAGGUUUUAGCAAAAGAAAAAGAUCUUUUAGAGCGGGAAAAGUGGGAACUUCGGCGUCAGGCUAAGGAGGCAACAGACCAUGCAAGUUCUCUUCGGUCACAGUUGGAUCUAAAGGAUAAUCGAAUUAAAGAGCUUGAAGCUGAGCUUACAAUGAUAACAAAGUGUGUUGCCCAGAGAAAAGAAUACCGUGUUUUUGAUCACUACAUUGAGAAGGAGCCCUCCACAAGAGGGAUAGCGGCCAAGCAGUCCUUAGCAACCCUAACUAAAGAUGUACCGAAGCGUCAUUCACUGGCUAUGCCGGGCGAAACAGUCUUAAAUGGAAACCAAGAGUGGGUAAUGCAUGCGGAUCUCCCGCUUACCGCAGCCAUACGCCAGAGCCAGCAAACGCUUUACCAUGCACACCCUCAGCAUGCCGCAGAUCGGCAAGCUGUUAGAGUAAGUCCUUGUCAUUCGCGUCAGCCCUCUAUAAUAUCUGAUGCAUCAGCUGCGGAGGGUGACAGAUCGUCCACACCAAGUGACAUCAACUCGCCGAGACACCGAACGCAUUCACUCUGCAAUUCUUUAGAAGAUCUUGAAGAUCAGAAGAGGAAGAAGAAGAAAGAAAAGAUGGGUUUUGGGUCCAUAUCAAGAGUGUUUGCAAGGGGAAAACAGAGGAAGUCCUUAGACCCUGGUCUUUUUGAUGGUACCACUCCUGACUAUUACAUUGAAGAGGAUGCAGACUGGUAGCCACACUUGUUCAUGUGAAAGGGUGUUUGCACCCAUUUACAAAAGUCCUGAAAGAAGUUAUAUGAGCCUUUUUUUUCCCAUUCUUUUUUUUUUUUUUCAUUAUUGUUAUUAUUGUUUUGUUUUUUUGCCUCGCUGAUUCUGUAGUUGCUGUACAUAUUAGAGAAAAAGUGUGUAAAAUGGUUACUUGUCUAUUCAGCGAUGCUGUUGUAUUGUAAGAUUUGUCUUUACUGGAUUUCAUUUUUUUGUGUGUGUUUUUUUUUUAAUGAGGGGCAGUGUUUUGUUUUCCUUUUUUUUAAAGAAACUUGAAAACUGCUGUGUUUUUGUAAAUAAUGAAAAACUGUGCACUUUGUGCUUGUAGUGUCUUGUCCUGAAAGCUGUUAUCUUGAGCCCAUGGUGUGAUACAUUCUGUAUUUGACAUGUUUUGAGUGACAUUAUCCUGUUUCAGGGGUGUGCCAGCGUUUUGUAAACAAAAAUAUAUACAGAAUCUUUAUUCAGAAAGUUUAAAUAACCUUCUUGGAUGAAGUAUUAAUGUGUACCUAUCCGCCUGCAUGUAGCGGAGGCAGCCAUUUUGACAGCAGAGCCCAUAUAUUGCCUAUUCAUUCAUUGUGAACUCUUGAUCACUGAAGGCACAAUGAUAUCGCUAGUUCCCACUGAAUGGAUAGACAUGCUCACGAAUUAUAGUUCACCCUACAAAAUGGCUGUUUCCACUGUAUUGGGGAGAUGGGUGCAGUUAUACCUUUUAAUGCCUGCCAGAGUUAUGUUCUUUCCUUUUUUUUUCUUAUUUAUUUGCAUAAAUGCACAAAGUUGUUAUAUCUAAAUUAUAAAAUAAAUGUUGAAGUUCUAUUUUUUCCUAAAGGAUUAAGGGUAUGUUUAUAUCAUAUGUUCUUAAGCUGCUGUCCCUCCCUGUCAUUAACGCAGAGGUCCAGUGGAUUCAGUGAUAUUUUACUGCAGCUCAACCAAAAUCAUAUUGAUAGCUUAAAUAAUGUAAUAUACACUUGGUUAUGUCUUCCAAUAGCCAACUUUUACUAUAUCCACAGUAUUUAUGGAAUACUCAUGUAUGCACAGAAUAUGGAUUCUAAUACAUUGGGUGCAUUAUUAAUAGAAAUGAUUAAUGCACAGUUUAAAAUACUUUUUCUUUCUGAUUCACACUUUUUAACUACUUUAGAAAAGAGGCAGCAGGUUAAAAUAAAAUAAAAACCUAAACAUAUUGGAGGUAUCCAUUUUGUAGCCUAUAGAUGUGAGAGAUAAAGUACCAACCGUUCCUUUCUAAUUGACUGCAUUCUAAUAAAUACUCUAAUGCAGAUCACAACAUGGCUGCCACAAUUUUCAAAAUAAAUAAAUAAAAUAAUUAUAAAGACAGCUGUAGUCUUGGCAUUUGUUGUAAAAUCUUUUUCUUAUCGCUUUGUAUUUUUCUUGAGCAUCAUGUAUACAGCACUGGAUGAAUCUAAUUUGUGGAGUAUAAAAAAAAAUAUUGAUGUCCUGUGGUUUCCAAAAAUUCAUCAGUUUUAGGCCAAUCAUUGUUGGCUGGCAUUAGCUUAAUAGAUCUAUGGGCAUUUUUUUUUUUUUUUACAAUACACGUUUCUGUGCAAACUACUAACUUAAUAUAUAUAUUUGUUUCAGACAUUUUGAGUUGCAUGUAACCAACUCAGUUUUUUCCCUUUUACAUUAAUGUCUAGAGGAGUGAGGUACAUAAUGCUGCAAAUUUCUGUGCAUUUGUUUUUCAUUUUGGAAACUAAAAAGUGAAUGUCAACCUCUGAAAACUGUAACAUUUGAUAAUGUUAGAUGGUAUUUUUAAAUUUAGUGCUCCCUAUUUAAAGGGGAUAUUUAGUCUUAAAAAUAUAAAUCUGUUUUCUUGUUAAUAUGAGAUGUGAUCACUGGCAAACAGUGGCUCAACUCCUUUACAGCUUUUUAAAGGGAUCGGUCUGACAUAAGAAAAGGCCUGUGUGCUUCAGUUUGUGCCCAGGCAAAAUGUUUUAUAAAGCUUUUUUUUUUUCUUUCUCCUGUGUUUCAUUAAAAAAAAAGUUCAUGGUUUAGUGUUUUUCAUUACAUGCUAGAAAAUAAUUUUAAAAUAAAAGUUACUAAGAAGAUGGUCUAUUUAAGAGAACAAACAUACAUAGUUAAAGAAUGAUUGUUAUCAUUAGUUUUAAUUAUGCCCACCAGCGUGUGGAUUUAUUCUAAAGGCAUGGAGGCAAAACAAAAAAUAAAGCUUAUUUUAAAAUAACACAA